GCCUUUCAUGUCGCUUUCCCGCCAACAUAUGUUACCUUCUAUGCUCCGCUCAGACCAGUGACCGAGUCCAAACAGAUCGCUCUCCUGAAAACCUCCCAGAUCGAUCUCCUCCUCCCUUGCUGCUGAAGAAAAUCGCCAUGGCGGAGACCAUCGUCUCUGCCGUCAUAGGCGACGCCGUCAGCAGAGUGAUCUCCCUCCUCACAGGACGCUUCAGCCACCAACAGAGCACCGAGGCCAAGCUGCGAAGGAUAUGCCACAUGCUCGUCAGGAUCCACAGCGCGGUGGAGGAGGCCAAAGCGCGGCAGAUCAUCAACGACGGCGUCCUGCAGUGGCUCUCGGAGCUCAUCGACGGCGAGUACCAGGGCCGGUACCUGCUCGACAUGAUCAGCUGCGGCGACCGGAAAGAACUUGAUGAGGACAAGGACUCCUAUGCCAAGCAGGUACCUCUUCCACAACCACAAGCUUCCUCCAUGUCUCUGUUCAAUCCCGCAAAGCGGAUGCGGGUCGCUGCAGGUGCCAUGAAGAAGGUCCUGUCGCGCUGCGAUCUCAUCGGUGCCGCCGAUGAGGUCGAUAGGGUUCUGGAGAGCUUGCAAGGGGUCUCUGGUGAUCUUGGGGAAUUCAUCUUGCUCCUUCAAGGCUUCAAUCCGAUCGGCCGGCCCCUGCCUACAAACAUCUUCAUCGACGGCCAGAUGUUCGGUCGGCAUGUGGAGAAACAGAGGAUCAUCAACUUCCUACUGCAUAACAAUGAAGGUCGCUCUCCGGGGGGGCUGGAUGUGCUUCCGAUUGUCGGCGCUAUCGGAGUCGGGAAGACAACCCUGGUUCAACACUCCUGCGACGAUGACAGGGUGCGCAGGCACUUUUCUGUGAUCAUGUUCUUCAAUUUCUCAUGUACCUAUGCUAUCGCGGCGACGAGGGAAACAGGCACAGCAGUUGCCAUCCGGUCCAAACAUGUCAUUGGUGAUGCUCAGCUAAGUCUGAACGACCCACUGCAGUGGAUCAAGAGGAAUUGCCACGACAAGAGGUUCCUGGUCGUGUUCGAGGGCGUCGACAUGUGCAGGAAGCAGAAGCUUCAAGAGCUCCUGCUGAAACUGAGGUGUGCGGAACAGGGGAGCAAGGUGAUCUUCACAACGAACAACAGGCGUGUCUCGACCUUGGGAACGGUGGAGCCGAUCGUGCUCAAGGUCCUGCCCAUCCCGGAGUACUGGUUCUUCUUCAAGGCGCACGCGUUUGCAGGCAGGGAUCUCGAGGAGAAUCCAAGGCUGGUGAGGGCAGGCAAGGCGAUUGCGAGGAAACUGAACGGGUCCUUCUUUGGAGCGAAGAUUGUCGGAGGAUUGCUCAAGGACCAUCCAGAUCCCAGAUUUUGGUUUAAGGUCCUGAGGAGCAACAUUGGGGGUCUUUCUAUGCUCGGUGAUGGCAUGGGAUACAUUGCAGAUUUGUCCGAGAACUUGCUGCCGAAUCAUGUGAACGUGUGCCAGGUGAACAUUUCCAAGGUUCCCUUUGCCUCACAGAUAGAGUUGCCCAGAUUUCAGGAUCUGUGUGAACCUCAUGCCUCAGAGACUAGCUUAGCAGAUAAUGUCAGCUUUGCCAGAGUACUUUUGUGCAAGUCGGUGAUGCCGUUCUAUAACAAUUACUACAUUGCUUCCUGCACUAUAGGCUCAGGAAACAUUUGUUGCGAGCGCGCUAUGGUUUCAUCUAGUUUCUUGUUGGAUGAUCUCUAAAUAGCUAUCCAUGAUCUUUCUUUGUUUCCUCAUGUA